AUAUUCCUAACUUUCACCAUGAAGAAUUGUUUGAGGAUAAUAGUGAAAAUUCAGAUUCUGAUAUUUCAAAAUCUCUUACUAAUUUAGCUAGUGAUUCUCUUUUACUUGCAUCACUUUUGGAUCCUUGUUUAAAAAUACUUUCAAAUUAG